AACUAGGGUCUGAUUGAAUUGUCUAGAUCAGGGUCGUCUGAUUUAACGUUCUUGCCCUAAGGCGAUCCUCGGGGCAACAAGAAGCCGACUGCACCGCAACUUCUUUCUCAGAAUCGAACAACAAAUCGUGUCUGUUGUUGUUCGAUUCUAUCAUCCUUCGCGGAAAAUUGAUUCGUUGAUCUCAUUCGACUCAUUGGACAACAAAUUCAAGAUGGAUGGUUCGGACGCUGCUGCUGACAGCCAGAAGACGCGCGAAGCCAAGAGGAAGUUGCAGCUUCGUGAAGCCCAGAGACGCUUGCGACAACGUAAAAUGGACGCUCUGAAGGAUGCGACCAGCGAAAUUGAAAUUCUUCGCAAACAGCUCGCGGAGGCCCAAGAAACUAUUGCUCGCUUGAGUUCUCAAAAUGGUUCGCCCGAUACAAAUGAUAUGGUUACUCCUGGUAUCACAUCACAUCAGACCAGUGCAGGAUUUCAGCACACCUUGGGAAGCACACAUGCAUUGGAUGGUCAGGUCAAUUUCAAUGGGUACACAUUGGGAAACAACGGUCUCGAGAGAUCAUUGUCACCCUUGUCUCCUGAUACCCUGGAGGGCUUCUUUCCUGGGGCGUCGAAUGAUCUGCUGUCCUUAGACACACCGGAUGCAUUUUCUUUCCCGCAACUCAACAACAUGCAAAGGCACACUCCGGUUCGUAACUCUAUGUCUGGAAUCUCUGCUCAUGAGGCCGGUCAGGUUUGGCCGCUAGCCGACAACGUGAUGAGCGAGGUCGGACUUGGCUAUGUCGCGUACAUGCCACUGUCAGCCUAUGCGGAUUCGCCAGAAAGCCCACCUGCACAGCUUGUUCGACAGCCUUCUCCUCCACCAGUACAGACUCCUAUCCGUGGACCGACUUUUGCAAAGAGGCUCUGGCGACGUUGCGCGGAGAUGACACUGCGUGUGCUUACAGAUACCAAAAAGCAUCAAGCUCUCAUCGAGAGAGCCUUCGGAGCCUAUUUUGGUCACUUCUCGCCCGCAGUCGUCAGUAAAGCCUUGACCUUGGCUCUGCGAAAGGAUGAGUUUGGUCAAUUGGAGUACCACAACUAUCCUAAAUUCCACUUUGCAUCACGUGCGCAAGCGGUGCAAAGCCCAGGCCAUGGACAGUCGGACCAGGACGAUGACCCCUACAUGACCCCUCGCGACAUUGAGAACUACUUCGUCUGGAAUGGCCAGUUGAGACAAUCGCUAGACUCCAAGGGCAAUCUUGUGACCUCACCUUGCCAUUUCGAUUUCCAGGGCAAGCGAUGGAUUCUCGAAGAGAACCGACUCAUUCACAUACUCAUGCAAUUCUCUGUCUGCCUCGGUCAGGGUCCUGCUAUCUUGGCAUCGCAAGUCGUCAUUGCGGCCUUCCAGAGCAUGCAAAGAGUCUCUAUUAACAUGUGAAGCUCGCACGUGACGCACUGGGCGACGCUGGCGACCACCGCGAAACAAUACCCCGCACUAGUCUGAACCGCGAUACAGGUCGUGUCUGAGUACGAGAGCUAUGCGGUGAUCGAGUAAGAGAGAUUGGGUCUAUCGAAUAUGCUACCUGAGAGAAGCCACGACACUGGAUUUCCGACGCUACUGUGCCCCCUUGUCCUGGAAACUCAGCUGCUGGUCGAUUGCCUCUUUGAACGUUUGUUUCCAUGGAGUCCACUC